AUGAAGCAUGACAUCCUGGGGCACCGGCUCGAGAGCCUGUUUUUCGACAUCGAGGCGUCGUUCGCGGCGAACCUGAGCCUGAUCUUCCACCCCAGGGCCCAUUCUUCGAGGAGUAUGUUCGGGACUUCAUCCCAAUGCCGGAGAGCCGGACUACAACGAGGUCACUAUAUGGCAUACGUCCCGAUGGACCCUCUGCAGGCGCUGGCUUACCAGGGCUACGUGCAAGGCGGCGCACCCCAAUACAUGCCUCAGUCCGCUGGAGCACCGAGCUGGAGCACUGCCUACGACCUUUCCCUGGAUUAUUGGUGUUCGCUCGCAGACAGCGUUGCUGAGAAGUUGGGACGCAGGCUGCAUCGGGAAGAUCUGGAACGGUCCUUUGCCCAGUUCGUGGUGGCCGAGGCUGAUGCAAGGCUGGUUCCCAUCCGUGUUUUGUGGGCCAUGUGGAGUUUCGAUCCAGUUUCUCUGAAUCUGAAUGUUUCUCGUUCCGCAGACAAGAUCUUGCACCUUCCACUUCUACUGGAGGCCGGUGCAUGUGGUGAGGGCCAGGAUGCGGAUGAGGGCGUUAAUGUGCGCCCGAUGAGAUGGAUCGUGCCUUCCUCUUCUGGUUGA